GAUGACGUCAUCGGGCCUUAUCCAGGAAGUGGUGAAACAUCAACAAUCCUUGCAGGGGGAAGUGCCAGUGUAACAGAGAAGGUGUGAAUUUUUGGGGGUACUUUUUCGGCCUGUUUUUUAAUUUGUUUGUUGUAAAAGUCCAAGAUAUGUCGUUGUUUGGGAAGAUAUUCGGAGGAGGAGGAAAAGGAGGAAAAGGACCGAGCCCACAAGAGGCUAUCCAGAAACUCCGGGAGACGGAGGAGAUGCUAACGAAGAAACAGGAAUUUCUAGAGAAAAAGAUCGAGCAGGAACUACAGAUCGCUAAGAAAAACGGCACAAAAAACAAAAGAGCGGCUCUGCAGGCUUUAAAAAGAAAGAAGCGAUAUGAGAAACAGCUUGCUCAGAUUGACGGCACACUGUCUACAAUUGAAUUCCAAAGAGAAGCUUUGGAGAAUGCCAAUACAAACACCGAAGUGCUCAAGAACAUGGGCUUUGCUGCCAAAGCGAUGAAAUCUGCCCACGAAAACAUGGACAUUGACAAGGUGGAUGACCUGAUGCAGGACAUUACAGAGCAGCAGGAGCUGGCCCAGGAAAUAUCUGAUGCAAUCUCUAAACCUGUAGGCUUUGGAGAAGAGUUUGAUGAGGAUGAGCUUCUUGCAGAGCUGGAUGAGCUGGAACAAGAGGAGCUGGAUAAAAAUCUACUGGAGAUCGGGGGACCAGAAAAUGUCCCCCUUCCCAAUGUGCCUUCAACUUCGUUACCUUCCAGACCUGCCAGGAAAGAGGAGGAUGAGGAUGACAUGGAGGACCUGCAGCGCUGGGCAAUGGAAGCCAUGUAAACCCAGCAUCUGCUGAGCUUUUCCUGCAUCAGAUGAGGAAGGGAGGAGCAUCUUUAGGAGAGAACAGACUGAUUGGAUGUUGUUUGAGUGUUUUUGUGUGUAUGAAGAGAGUUGCCCGUUAAAUUAAUGUGACACUACAAUUUAGCAAAAUGCUGUAGUCUUUUUUCCCAAUCCCUUCACAAAAAUGGAGCUCAUUGGGUGUUCAGCAAACAAGCUACGUCGAGGGCUUCCAAAUUGAAGCUCAGUCAGUGCACCUUGACAGAAUCACCUUACACUUCUAUCCUUAAGCUCAACACAUUUUUGACAGAAUGCCAGCACUUUAUGGUCCUUGUUCUGUGCAGAGCUAUUGCAGUGGUCAGAGUUUAUAUCAAAGUACACUAUUAUAAGCUCUGUGGUGCUUUUCAGGCAUUUUCUGACUUUGUGGCUUUGCUGGCAUCACUGAACGAGAGGAAUUUUCAUCAGAGCUUUGUCCUCAAAGAUCUGUUUCUGACACAUAUUUACCUGUAUUUGUGAUGUUGAACCCAUUGUUGUUUUUUUUUUGUUUUUGUCUUUUUUGUUUUUACAAAAAUAACUAUCCUUUGCUCUAAUUUUGGUCAACUGCUCUUAGAAAAAAGAGCAGUACUGAGCAUGAUCUAAAAGAAUCAGCUAUCGACUGUGUUUUUGCCAAACCUUUUCAGGCUGUUUACACCUUGUUUAACACCUAUUUUUGGUUGUAAAUGUUAAUGUAAGGUGUUAACAUCCUCUGUUUUGUUUAAAACCGCGUGCUUUGCUCUUCCCCUCACUAGUGACAUUUCAGCAACUGCAACCUGCCUUAAAGGCAUUUCCACCCAUUUUCUUGUGAUUUGGUGUAAUUAUCCCAAAUAUGUCUCUUUUUAUAUGCUGUUCCUGCUGUCACUAAAAUGGUUUUGUUGAGUGUGUAUCAAGUAUGGAAUAGUGGGGAUUCACAAUUCAGAUCACAACACAGCAACUGUGUAUCUGCUUGAGAAAUGUCAAACACUUCCAUCCUGUUUCUCAUAGUACUUUAAAUACUUUUUUUCCAGAUUGUAUAAUGUUAAAACAUUUUUAAAAAGUCAGAACUUACUCAAUAGAUUUUGAUGGAACUGGUGGUUUGUAAAAUAAUUGAUGAUAGUUGGACUAGUUUAUCAGCACUUGAGUGUCAAGAGUUAAUUCCUGUUUUUCAGAAUCAUAAUGUACAUAUUUUACAUUGAAAAAUGAAAAGAUGGCUGAACAAGCAUGUUUGCAGUUUCUAUGAUUUAUUUAUCCUGAUGAAUUUAUUAUUUGGAAAAUUAUUAAAGGGUUUCAAUUCUGGUCA